AUGGUUUUGAUUGCUUUAUUCAUUUAUAUCUGUUCCUGGAGGGAAGAAGCAGUGUCCUUUGCUGUUAAUAUGGAAUAUUAUAGAAAAAUGGAUCAUCCUUCAAAUGGUGUUUCUAUUGUGGGAUACCUCAGACUGGCUUUUGCUGAUGAAGAAACUUAUGUACGAAGGCAAUUUCACUGUGAAGAUAGUGAUGGCAGCAUCUCAGACUGGAAAGAUGGUGAAAUUCUGAGUUUUAGUUCGAAAAGUGAUAAAAGCAACACUAGCUCAACUCUCUACCGGUUGGAGAUUAUGAGAAUAGACUUAUUCUCUGUGUAUGGAGUCCAGUAUCCAAUUAAUUUGCAAGACUUUCAAGAUGCUGAGCCCGAUGCCCUUGUACACUGUACUUCAGCAAUUAUAGAGCACUUCAGUGAAAAAGGAAUUAGGUGCAAUGUUGCUCUUAAAGCGCUUUGUAAAAAGAAAGGUCUUAAUGUUGAGGGAGCAAACUUGAUUGGAGUUGAUAGUCUCGGUAUGGAUGUCAGAGUUUUCUCUGGGGUAGAAGUACGGACUCAUCGCUUUCCUUUCAAAGUCCAGGCGGCAUCUGAAUUUGCUGCCGAAAAGCAGAUCCAGCAACUCCUGUUUCCGCGUGCUCGCCGAAAGAAAUUUAGAACUCAACAAGAUAUGCUGAAAGACCCAGAUUGUUUUUAGUUUUCGUACAAGUAACAAAUAAGAAAUUUAUUUCCGGAAGAACUUGGAUCAAACCCAUGAGUUCCAACAUAUCGAGGGACAUCUAAAAUAAAUGGGUUUCUAUGUUUAACAUAUCCCUGCUCUUUCAUUCGAAUGUAAAUAGAAUAAAUACUGUAUUCAAAUCCAAAAACUUUAUAUUUAUAUUAGUAACUCUGUUCUUGACU